AUGACAUGCGUCCUCAGGAACGAACGCUUCCCACAAUCACUACGACUUGCCAUUCUUGUACAGUGCGAGGAUUCUGAUAUUAGUCCUUUGGACAAUACCCGAAGGGAUUUUUGGAUGGCCGUUUGGGAAUAUCGUGUUCCCGUGAUUGUGAUGCUUACCAAAAUUGUGGAAGGUCAACGAAUCAAAUGUUCUCCGUAUUGGCCGUCCAAAUCCCUCGGCCUUCUGAGCGAUACACAACCCGGCAAAAAAACGGAUUCCCUUAGCUCGGAUGACCCGUCCACCCCGAUGACUGCCACAUACGGCGAAUUUGUUGUCAUAAAUCGAGGUGAGACCAUGGAAGCUGGUGGUCUGUACAAACGAACACGGUUAGAACUACGACGAAAGCCAAUCAAAUCACCCUCUACUCGAGACUGGCGUGCGAACCCGAAGCGCUCCUCUCAACCUUCUGGCGAGUCGUUCAUGGUCGAUCAUUUGCUUUAUCUCGGCUGGCCGGACUUCGAUGUCCCAUCCGAUCCGGAAGGAUUCUUGCAAUUCUUAGACGCGGUUAAUCGACUUAUUCAGUCUCGCUCGGUGACACCGAACAAUUCAUCCAGUGUGCCCGGCCGGACCGAUACGGCCUCUACCGUGGGAACCGGGGAACACGCGCUCGCCCCGUUGCUCAUCCAUUGCAGUGCUGGAAUCGGUCGUACUGGUGAGUCGUUCUAG